UCACUCACUCUCUCGGGAUUCUUCACACCGGAAAGAGCAUGGUUUGCGCAACUGCUCACCGCUGAUCCACGAAACCCAUGGCCUAUUUCCCAUGCGCGGCAAUAUGUAGCCGAGCCUACGACCGCAUACGACGCCCCAACUGCGGUGCCGGGAGCUACUCCCCGGAUCGAGAAUGAAGGAGGGGAAGGAGGAAGAGGAGGAGGAAGAGGAUGAUGACGAUGAGGAUGAUGAGGAUGCGGGUGCAUGGGAAUAAUUGCAGACCAGCAAGAGCCACUUGCGGGUUCCCAGUGAAGGCGCCAUUGUUUGAAUAUGGGAGUUGCAGCAUCAGAAUGAGCUGUUCCAGGAGCCAUUCGAAAGGGCAGUCCAGAAUGGUGGUGCCCAGGUUAUCUUAUAAUACCCGCAACCAGCAACGGACGCCGUGGCUGUGUACAACCUGAAUGUGACAUCGAGAUAGAGAGAGAGCGAGAGAAAGGUCUGGCAUUUGCCCUUCACUGCCCUUGCUGCCGAUGGGACCAUGCACCACCCACCGUGGAUCCUCCUCCUUCGUCGUACCCUUCCUGCUCCCCUCCUCCCAUUCUCUUCCUUCCCUCUCUCUCACUGUGUGCUUCAAGAUCUGCGUCUAGUCGUUGUGAGGCAAGAAGCGGUUCCUGGACUUCGCUUGGAGAUCAGCUCGAGGACAAAUCUGCGCUGAUAUUCUGAAAAUCCUAUAUGCUGAUAAUUUGAAAAUUUGAAUUUUAGGGUUUGUGGACCAAUGGAUGGGAUCAUUUGCCCAAACCUGUGCUGACCGACGAACCAUAUUCAAAUCUGGCUUCAGUAGUGCAGGCGGUGCAUUAUUCCGCUUCACUGGAACUUUGAGUGUGGGUUAUCAAGCAUUCUUUUAUCUCAGACUCACAGCGGUCGGUCAGCGAUGGCAGGAGCAGAGGAUGAACCCUCCGGCGAAAGCAACCAGCCCCUAAUCUCGUCCUCAGUUCCGGACGUGCGGUCAUCUACAUCCUUGCCCAGGUCCUUCAGCUAUGGAUCCGACAAUGAACUUGAGGCUGGGAGAUCAUCCGGAAACUCUUUGCUCGGCAGCAGAAUGAAUUCAAGAGAGUCGCUCCUUGGAAGCCGCCGAGACUCGAUGUAUGGGAGCAGAUAUGGAUUUGGGAACGCAUACAUACAAGUAGAUGAUCUUGGGGUCUACCUCUCGUCGGUUGCAGUCACUCUUCUUACAGGCGUCAUGGCUAUAAUCGGGAUCAUUCUGUUUACACUCGUGGUCACUCUAGCUGUGAUGUUGGGCAAAUGUCAGAAGAAGCCUGUGUCGAAUUCGUGUGCGAGUUUUUCUCUCAAUGCUGAGACUAACAAUCUUCAGGGGUACCUCCUACCGCAGGAGUGUGAAGGUUUUGUUGCUGGAUAUGUUGGCUCCGGUCAAUACUAUUCUGAUUUUGCGGUGGCUGUUGAGGCUGCUAGGACGUAUUUAAAUGCAAUUCAGGCAAAUGAAGACGGAAAGGACCUCAUUGUGUUGGAUAUUGACGAGACAUCCUUGUCGAACAUGCCUUAUUACAUCGCCCACCAUUAUGGUGUUGAACGAUGGAACGAAGAAACGUGGAACGAAUGGGUGAACAAUGCGAGCGCUCCACCACUAGAUGCCAUGGUAUCCCUGUACAGAGACCUUCGGGCUCAGAAUUGGAGUUUUGCCUUCAUCACAGGAAGGCCUGAGUCACAGACAGAGAAGACCAAGCAGAAUCUUCUUGAUGCUGGAUAUUCGGACUGGGGACCUCUCAUCUUCAGGUCACCAGAGGAGGAGACCGUUUCUGCGGUUAAUUACAAGUCUAAGUACCGGAAAAUGCUGGAGAAGGACGGCUAUCGAAUUAGAAGUUGUUUGGGUGAUCAAUGGAGCGACUGUUCAGGGGGACACGCUGGAGAGCGUGUCUUCAAGUUGCCUAAUCCUAUGUAUUACAUUUACUAGUAGAUGUGUUGUUAUUCUAUGUUGGAGACAAAAGUUACCAUUGGUAUUAACAGCCUAAUUAUCAUAGUUUUGCACGCUCUUAUUUUUUUUGCUUACCCAUGUAAAGCGAGUUGCUUAUGAUUUUUUCACGAUAUUUUUUUGUA